GAAGUAUAAAUACCGAGGAGGCAAAAAUUUCUCACGAUACAGGCUGAGUCUAUUCGCACUGUGCAUGGGAAUUGAGAAAAUUCAUCAUGUUUCGAAAUACUUUAAUUUUGAUGCUGAUUACAGCUAUCGUCGUCAUCGCCAAGAAACACACCACACCCAAACCCCCGAAGGAAUGCCCGAAGAACGAAGUAUGGUCGUGGUGCGGCCACGUUUGCGAGCCUACUUGCGGUAUCCUCCAACCUGGCUGGACGGUGUGCCCGAAUUUCACGUGCACGGACAAAACUGGCGACUGCAGGUGCUGCCCAGGUUUAGUUCGAGACGAGAAUAAUGUAUGCAUCGAGCUCGAGAAUUGCAAGAAUCGUCAAUAGAAGUACCAUCGACGUUCAUCGAUUUGUCCAUCAAAAAUAAUAUAAAUUGUUCUCAAGUACUUUAUCCUAUUCGAUUAUUGGCAAUAUAAAAUGAAUGUUAG